GUUGCUAAUACACUGUUUUUAGUCUGGUGUUACUGUUAUAACUUACAAAUAUGACCAGUCUUUUGAGAAAUACAGGACUUGCGCUUCUGUGUGCAUUUGCAGUUAUUGUUACUGUUGUUAUUGUGAGAACAAUCACUGUUUCUGUGCGGAAUGACGAUGUGAUGGAAUGCAAACCAUACGACUCCGACUUCAUCCAGGCUGACAGUGGGUUAUUGGACAGGUUUCGAACGGCGUUACAGUUCCGUACAAUAACCCAAGAAACUGGACACAGCAGUCACGAAGAGCUAACGAAGUUCAGGAAAUUUGUAGAAGACGCAUAUCCACGGGUUCACUCCUCCCCACUGGUGAAGUAUGAAGUGGUUGGUGGAUACAGUCUCCUGUAUACUAUAGAAGGCAGUGAUGAAACACUGCACCCAUACAUGCUUACAAAUCAUAUAGAUGUUGUUCCAGCUGACCCUGCCCAGUGGGAAGAGCCUCCGUUCUCUGGGAAACUGACAAAUGGCUACAUUUAUGGCAGAGGAGCAAUUGAUGACAAGCAUGGUGUUAUGGGAAUUUAUGAGGCUGUAGAGUAUUUGUUGUCAACUGGCUUCAGGCCCAGUAGAACUCUCUACAUUGGAUUUGGUCAUGAUGAAGAGGGGCAAGGUAAUCAAGGAGCCAAGGCUAUUGGGGAGCUGUUAAAAUCUCGAGGUGUUUCUGACCUAGUAUUCCUGCUGGAUGAAGGAUUGACUGUGAUAGACGGAGUCAUACCGGGCAUUGAUGUCCCCUUGGGUUUAAUUGGUUCCUCAGAAAAGGGACAGGUUAUCCUGGAGCUGUCUACAGAGUCCCCAGGAGGUCAUUCAUCAAUGCCUACCAAGGAAACCUGCAUUGGCAUUUUAGCCAGAGCUGUAUCUAGACUUGAAGAAAAUCCACAUCCAAGUAUGUUUGGUCGAGGUCCAGAAAAGGCAACCUUUGAGCACAUUGCAAACAAGAUGAGCCUGCCUCAUCAGGUGCUGAUGACAAAUUUGUGGCUUUUUGGCCCAUUGGUGUCGUGGUUUUUAUCACUCAAGCCCUCUACAAAUGCAGUAGUGAGAACAGUGUCCUCCAUUACAAAAUUCAAUGCUGGUGUCAAGGAUAAUGUUUUGGCGACAAAGGCCACUGCUGUGGUGAAUCAUCGUAUCCAUCCAGCUCAAACAGUACAGGAGGUGAUUGACUAUGAUAGAAAAAUAAUCAAUGACGACCGUGUUAAGAUUCGAGUGAAGUACAGCUUGGAGCCUUUACCUAUAUCGCCUGUUGGUAAUGAAGAUUUUGGUUACCAAACGAUCAAGAACAGUAUUCGUCAGGUGUUUCCAGUGGCAGCUGUGGCCCCCUCUGUGAUGAUAGGAAACACCGAUACUCGUCACUACACUGAUCUGACACCCAACAUAUACCGCUUCAGCCCCACCUACAACUAUCCCGAGGAUCUGCCACGUUUCCAUGGAAAUAACGAGCGUAUUUCUAUCAAAAACUAUGAACAAGCUGUGAAUUUUUACUACCAUUUAAUAAGAAAUGCAGACAAAGCAUCAUUAAGUCCACAACAUAAACAUUCAGAAGAAUUAUAA